CCUGUUCCGGUUUAACACGAGCUGCGAGUAGAAGAAGUCACUGAAUGAGCAGGAGGGUUUUUACACUUGUUUUCCCUCGGUCGGUACGGUUGAAUGAUGAGGCGGAAGAGUAUAUCCCUAAAGAUCAAGAACGAACUACAGCAUGACAUCUAGGAGGGGUAGAUGAGUUGAAGAAAGGAUUUUUUUAAAACCUUGAGUUGAAAAGGAAAGGAAAAAGAAUUGAACUAUGGCGCUGUCCGUUAGAGCUCCUAUGUUGAUUGAGGACUCCAGCCUGACAAACUGGAAGGUGAUCGGUUCAGGGGGUUUCGGACAAAUCUACAAAGCCAGGCAUCUCGAUUGGUGCUAUGACGUGGCCAUUAAACUGCUUCAUUACGACGACGGGACCAGCACAUCUUUGCUGCGUGAGAUUGAAAUGACGCGUCAAGGAAGCAGCCCUUAUGUUAUUCAGGUCCUCGGGGUCUUCAAGGGUCGACCGCCCUCCUCUGGCCUGUCAGCACAGCUCGGCCUGGUCAUGGAGCUCAUGGAGAGAGGAUCACUGGCCUCCCUGCAGGACACCUUACGUGAGACUCCACCGUUGCCGCUGGUCUUCAGACUCGCUCACCAAGUGGCUCUGGGUAUAAACUUCCUCCACCACCUGUCCCCUGCCGUGCUCCACCUGGACCUGAAGCCCAGCAACGUGCUGCUGGACUCAGAUCUCAAUGCCAAGCUCACAGAUUUUGGCCUCGCUCGGCAAUACCACAGCGUCACACGGGUUUCCAAGAAAGAGAGUGAAGAGGAAGGGGGGACGUUGAGCUACAUGCCACCGGAGGCGUUUGGCGUAUCGUACAGCCCUACUCGAGCCUCUGAUAUCUACAGUUACGGUAUACUCUUAUGGUCCAUUGUCACAGGGAAACAACCAUAUGCUAAUGCAUUGUCCAGCAUAGUGCGGUUUCGCAUCCCGGAGGGAGACCGUCCAUCGCUGGACGACAUCAAGUGCCAGGCUGUCGGGGUUGCAGGCCUGACUGGAUUGAUGGAACUCAUGAAGAGAUGCUGGGAAGCGAAACCCACCCAAAGGCCCACAGCCUAUGAGUGUACGACUGAGACAGAAGAACUGUACAAAAUUCACAAACACGCAAUUCGCGAUGCAGUCCAUAAAGUGCUGAUGAAACUGGAAGAAGAAAGUACAAUAGAGCUGGUUCAGAGCGUUCAUAUCUCUCAGGCUCCAGUGAAUACCAGAGCUGAAGCAGUAAAUGUUUGUAAUGAUGUGCCGACUGGGCGCCCGCCAAUUCAGGAAAUGGCUGGUCGUGGGGCUGCAAAUCCAAGAGAUAAAGCAAGAGUCAAAGACUCUCCUUCAGCUCGACAUGCGAAUGUCUGCGAUGUUGAUGAGGGAUGCCCGUCAAAAGACCAUAAAGUGAAAGUGUCUUUUGUUCACCCCAUUAAAUCAUCAUCACCGCCGUUUACUUCGACUGGGAGAUCACCUCAAGGCACCUCAGCAAAAACGUCCCAGCAGGCUUUUAGCCAAAACCAGGUUCCACCGUACUAUCAGCGUCAGUUUUCUGGUCCGCCUGCUGCAUGUGGAGUCAACAUCUACUUGAGCAAUGUGACUGGAUUUCAGCAUGGUACCAACAAUGUCAUGCACAUCAACACAGACAGGAGACGGCACCCAACAGCACCCUCCAGAGUCGACCUCCUGCCGCCACAUUCAGGAAGCAGGAGGGACAAGACAGGAGGCUGAGUUCACAUUGAGUUCUCUAAUUUUUGUUCAAAGUUCUCUAUGCUUGGUUUAUCCUUUCUUGCACAACUGGAAGGGUUUUGUAAGAGAAGCUCCCUGUUAGAAAAAAACUAACUUUUCUUGUUUUUUGCUUUUCAAAUCUGGACAGGAUUCAGAUGUUUUAAAAAUAUGUUUUGGUAUUUUUUUUGUCUUUAUUUAUUCUGUUAAAACAUUUAAAACCAAUUAAUAAAACUUAACACCUGCCUUUUGCCCUGUCAGCAGUAUAAAUAUGAGCCAAUGCUAGUCAUAUGGUUUUGCUUUUCCACCAACUGUGGUCAACAAAUAUCCACUUGGGUAGUGCCAGCUCGCCAUCAGGUGCCAAAAAUUGCCUUAACAACAGAUUGACUGUUAAUGAAAACAGGUUGCUAUAUAGUCUAACCUCUUCACAAAUAGUUUUUUUGUUUGUUGGAGUGAAAGAAAUGGAGAAACUCCUUAAUAUGUAAAGCAUUUUCCUGGUACGUCAUGGAUGUUAAAAUAGAUCCAGGCAUGGCUACCUUCACUUGCACUGGAAUACUGGAUUUGAUCAUCAAAAUGUGUAUAUAUAUAUGUCUUUAACGUGUGAAUGUAUUUUUUACUGAUUGCAUUAAUUCAGGUUCUUUUUAUACUCAUGCGUCCUUAUGAUGGUACAUCAACAUUAGUCCAGACCCAAAGAAUUUUAUUUUACGUUUUAUAUAAUUUUUUUUAAGUGUACAUUUUUGAGAUGAGUUUUCUAAAAAAUAUCAAACACAAAGUUGAAUUUUAACAGAAGUGUGUAUACAGUGACAUCCAGAGUUUGAUGUAAUGGUGCUGCCAUUAAAUUUGGCAUCUUGUAUACUCAGUAGAAGCGUGACGUAGCUUCAAUGAAGUGUUGAUGAACGAGCAUGUGUGGAAUAUUUUUGUGGUGUUGUUUUGCAAUAUGCCAAAAAAAUGUUCUAUAUUUUUGUUGUUAACAAAUCACAUAAAAAAAGAGACCCAAACCAAUACCUUUGACACUACCCUCUCUGUGGCUCUCUGUCAAAACGGCUCAGGGAUUUCCUUAAACAGUUGGGCUCUGUAAGUUUUUAAAACAUUAAUCAAACAGGUGCAAAUUAUGCAUUUGUCAGGGACUAUUUUCAGCAGCGGAUUAACACACAAGUGGAAUUGACUCCAAAGUGGACAACAAUGGAGUUAUAUGGUACAGAGAGUACAUAAAUAAUACUGGUUUGUAGAAUCACGUCAUUAUUGUUUUUGGUCUUAAAUGGGAAUUGUCGACUGUAACAAAAAUAUAGAAUAUCAACUGACUUAUACUUCAAUCUUAAAGGUACUUAAGUGAAACUGUAUAAUAUGGAAAACAUUAAGAAUCCGGAGAUUGUAUUAGCUAAGAUUCAGAUAAUUUAAUAAAUUCUGUUUGUACUCAACUGUUGUGAGUGUGUUUAUGUUUUACACUUUUUAUGAUC